AUUACAGCAGUCCCAUUCCCUUUGCUUUUCUCUAGGUUGAUGCGCGCUUUGUAGACGGCAUGACCAUGGAUUCCCUUGGCUCUAAAGAGUUUAGGCUUGCCUAGCGCUUAACAAGACCCACUUCGGUUAAGGACUAAAGGACCAAACUUGUUAACGGAAGAUACUUAUUGACAAGAAACACAUUUCUACACUACACUUGUUGCGCCGUCGCAAAGCGAUACCUCGGGAAGCCCUAAUACCUGUCAGUAGACACGUGUAAAGGACUAAGCUGGUUAGGAAGGUGCACGGAUGCAACCUCUCGGGCUCCAGCGAGGGCUACGCCACCGGAUACCUUGUAGAUCGUCAUUACCCGUUAGCACACUGCUUUCAGUCCGGCCUAGGGGUCUAAGCCGAAAAGGAUGCGGGCUAGUAAGGUGCACAGGCGCAGCUAGCGGCCCCGUGGAUGGGCCAGCAGCAGCCCCAGGGCCCUCCAGCAGCAACAACGACCGGCCGGAGGAUGGCCAUCCAGCCAUGGUCGUCCAUCAGGUCGCCCCAGUCAGCGAGCCGCCUAGCUCCGCUGCCUCGUCGCAGCCUGCGCUGCCUAGCGCACCUGCAGACGCAGUACCUACUGCCUGUGCUGCAGCUGCAGCUGCUGCUGCCGACACCGGUGGUGACGCAACGACAGCAUCACAUCUGGAGUCGGGGACCACUUCUGCGACCCGCAGCAGCAGCAGCAGCAGCAGCGCAUCCCCAGACGGCUCGCUAGCCCCUGACACUGCAACCGCAUCUGCCUCACCAGCCUCAACAUCAGCACCACCACCACCAUCAACAGCAGCUGCCGCCACGGAAGGGGACGUCACAGCCCAGCCCUCCACCUCCUCCUCCUCCGCGUCUCCACCCCCGUCACCCCCCUCCCCCCCUCCCCUGCUCCCCCUGCUGGCCCAGCUGCCCUCCCUGCUGCGCCAGCUGCCCGGGUGGCUGGCGGCGCUGCUGGCGGCGCUGCAGCAGUUCCCCGCCUGGGUGCAGCUGCAGCGGCUGAGGAGGCUGCGGGAGGCGUGCGAGGAGCACCCACAGGACGCCUCCAAGCACGCCGCCUACCUGUCGGAGCUGGUCCGCAGCGACCCGCGCCAGGUGGUGGCGCGCGUGGAGAGCCGGCAGUACGGCAUGAGCCCCGCGGUGGCGGCGGAGUACCUGCGGGCGCUGGUGGAGACGGGCAGGGUGGGGGAGCUGGUGAAGGGGGAUGCGGCUGCUGCCGAGGCGGCUGCGGAGGCUGCUGCCGCGCCCGCCCCCCCGCCGCCCCCGCCGCGGACCCUGGGGGAGCUGCUGCGGGACCUGCAGGAUCAACUCGCCACCGCCACCGCCGUCCAGUCCCCCUCCUCCUCCUCCUCCUCCUCCUCGGAAGCUGCCGCCCCCUCCUCCACCACCUCCCCCACCCCCUCCCCCAACCCCACCUCCCCCACCACCUCCCCCUGGGACACCUACCCGGGCUCCUCGCUGCGGCGUCCGCUGCAUGUGGUGCUGGCGGGAGGAGGGCAGUUCCCCGGCCAUUCCUCCUCCUCCACCUCCUCCCCCUCCUCCGCCGCCUCCCCCACCCCGCUGCUGCUGCGCCCCCUGGCCACGCUGUGGCGGCUGGCCUCCCUGGCCGCACUGCUGCUGCUGGCGGCAUUCGCGUGGCUGGCGGGAAGCCAGGCUGUACGGCGGGUGCUGGCCAGCAGCUCCCUGGCCGCCUCCGUCAGUGCCGUCAACAGCGGGGGCAGUACGGCAAUGUCGUCAGCGGGGGGGCAGCAGGGGGGCGGGGGCGGGGGCGGGGGGCCGAGUGUGGAGCCCAAGGAGUAUAAGAAAGAUGAGUUGCCGGAAAAGUCUGUUCGCACGUUCAAGGACGUCAAGGGCUGCGAUGAAGCCAAGGAGGAGCUGAAGGAGGUAGUAGAGUUCCUGAAGCACCCCUCCAAGUUCACCCGGCUGGGUGCCAAGCUGCCCAAGGGGGUGCUGCUGACGGGGCCGCCGGGCACCGGGAAGACGCUGCUAGCGAGGGCGGUGGCGGGUGAGGCGGGUGUCCCCUUCUUCUACCGCGCCGGGUCGGAGUUCGAGGAGCUGUAUGUGGGGGUGGGCAGCCGCAGGAUGCGCGCUCUGUUCGCGGCCGCCAAGAAGCGCUCCCCCUGCAUCGUGUUCAUCGACGAGAUCGACGCCAUCGGCGGCAACCGCAAGGCCUGGGAGAACCACUCGCGGAAGACGCUGAACCAGCUGCUGGUGGAGAUGGACGGGUUCGAGUCCACCGACGGCAUCAUCGUGAUGGCCGCCACCAACCUGCCCGAGAGCCUGGACCCCGCACUCAAGCGACCCGGGCGGUUUGACAGACAGGUUGCCGUCCCCCUGCCCGAUAUCGCGGGUCGGCGGGACAUCCUGCAGCACUACCUGUCCGACAAGCCGCUGGGUCCGGAUGUGGACCGGGAGCUGCUGGCGCGCCAGACGCAGGGUUUCAGCGGCGCCGACCUGUCCAACCUGGUGAACGAGGCGGCCAUCCUGGCGGCACGGGAGGGGGCGGAUGCGCUGAGUCAGCGGGGGCUGGAGUGGGCCUUCGACAAGGUGCUGAUGGGACUGGAGCGGAAGAGCGUCAAGAGGAGCCUGGAGGCACGCAGGCGCACCGCCUACCACGAGGCGGGUCACGCGCUGGUGGCGCUGGCUACCCCGGGGGCAUCACCCAUACACAAGGCAACCAUCGUGCCGAGGGGGCAUGCGCUGGGCAUGGUGACACAGGUGGGUCGCGACGACGAGUUCUCCAUCAACCGGCAGCAGCUGCUGGCGCGCAUCCGCGUGUGUCUGGGCGGCACGGUGGCGGAGGAGCUGGUGCUGGGGGCGGAGCAGGUGUCCAGCGGGGCCACGGAUGACCUGCGACAGGCCACCAGCCUGGCUCGCCACAUGGUGGCCGAGUGCGGCAUGAGCGCCGCCAUUGGGCCCGUCUACAUCGCCGACGAGCGACACGGCGGCGGCGGCGGCGGCGGAGUGAGUGAGGCGACUCGUCAGGCGGUGGACGCGGAGGUGGCGGCGAUGCUGGUGGAGGCGAAGCGGGCGGUGCGGGAGGUGCUGGGGGAGAGGAUGCAGGACCUGCACACCCUGGCCGCCGCCCUGCUGGAUCGAGAGACGCUCACACGGGCUGACAUCACCGCACUGCUGCAGACGGAGCAGCAGCAGCAGGACCCGCCAACCCCGGGGGGCAGCAGCGGAGGGGGUGGCGGCAGUGGGCGGCGGGAGGGUGAUGAAGAGGCGCCGAGGGUGGGGGAGGAGGAGCCGGAUACCGCGGUGGCAGCAGCAGCAGCAACAACAGCAGCAGCAGCGCCGCAGAAGGCGCGGUUGUAGUCCUUGAGUCGCGGUUGUCCCUCAGCAUGCAUCAUAUACCGUUGACGUGGUUGGUUACUUACCGUUGCCUGCAUCAUCAUGGUUGUUGUUUUGACAUUAGCUAGUGUAUGAGGGAGAGCAUUGCUUGACGGCAAGCGGCGGCAGUCCUGGAAGUCGGCAAGGAGGAGCGGAGAGCGAGUGUGUGUGGGUGUGUGUUGAGGAAACUGGCGAGUGUGUGGGGGGGGGUGGCAGGAAGGAGGGGCAGGCACGCUUCAAGCGAUUGUGGUGCGGCAUGCAAAACAACACUUGUGACGCUAGCCGGCGGUGAAGUAUAGCUGGACAAGCUGCAGCAACCUCGAGCCAAACUGGGCUCGUGUGCUGCCGUACACGUCUACCGGCACCGGGCUAGGGGCACAGAGGCGGUGAUGCCGCGUCGUGGAUAUGUGCAGUGGCCUCUGAUGGUACUACUAAAGCGGUGUUGCGGAAAGUGGAAACCGGAAAGUGUUCAGAAUGGUUGGACUGAAGUAGGCAGUAGCAAGUAUGCCAGGGGCGCUGGGCACAGUUGCUUGAGUGACGAACGCUACGUAAUAACGUGUGGUAAGGUUCAGGCAUUUGUUCCAAAACCCCUCCUGUUAUGCUACAGCUCGGGAUGUAAUGGGUAUAUCAAGGCAGGUCCGGAGAUGCUAUUUUGGCGAGCUACGGCUGUCUUCAUCGUUUUGGGCAACCAUUUAACGAAUAUGUACGACUCCCAAGCGACGUUGGCGCCAAUGU